AGUAGGGACGACGGGAGCCACCGGAUGAAGGACAGCUCCUUUCUCUCGGGGACAUCGAAGGCGUUCUUGGCCAGGAUGAACGUUCGGGUGGUGCAGAUCUUCGGCUUCCUCUUCACUGUGCUGGGCUGGAUCUUCGUGGCCUGCACCAUGGCGAUGGAGUACUGGAAGAUCACGGCCAUUGGCGGGCUGGGGGGGUCCAACAUCAUCAAGGUGGCCUGGUACUGGUCCAGCCUGUGGCGAGCCUGCUUCACAGACUCCACCGCCGUCACCAACUGCAUCGACUUCCCUGUGCUCUGGUCCGUGGAAGGCUACGUGCAGGCGGUGCGCGGGCUGCUGAUGAUCGGGCUCUCUGGGGGAAUGCUGGGCUUCGUGCUGUCUCUGACAGGCAUGGAGUGCACAUACAUCGGCGGGAAAGACAAACACAAGAACCGCACAGUGCUCACCGGGGGGAUUUGCCACAUCAUCAGUGCGAUGUCGUCCUUCUCGGCCUAUGUGGUCUACGCACGCCAUGUUUCAGAUGAAUAUCUGAACCGCUUCUAUGGAGACCAGAAGUACGAUUUAGGAACUCCUCUGUUUCUUGGGUGGGUGGGGGCCAUGUUUGAAAUGACAGGAGGCGUGUUCUACUGCGUGUCAGUGCGGAAACUUCUCAACCAGAAGACACCUGCUGAGACUGACGCUGAGGCUAAAGCAUCCCAGGCAGAAACCAAGUCCAAACUCUAUGAGAAGUCCAUGCUCUACUCGAAGGCCAAGCUCUCCAUCAAACCCAAGCUCUCCUCGGAAUCCGCGCUGUCCUCGGAGUCUUCUCUUUCCUCCAAGUCGGACCGCUCCUCCGGGUCUGGGGAGAGUGGGCGUGGCAGCGGAAGCAGCAGCAGCAGCAGCAGCAGCGGCAGCAGCACUGUGGGCUCUUCUCUGUCCAGCGGCAGCAGGAGUGACAGGAGGUCCGUAAACAGGAACUCUUACGUGUGAUAAAGCGCUGGGGUCAAAGUGGGGCCACGUGAUCGGGGCAGGAGGUCAAAAGCAUCUGAACUGCUCACGGAACUGCGAUCGCAUCAUUUUAAUUCUGGCUGUAGACAAUGAGCGUUCACGACGCUAACCCAACAUCCACGUGCAAAAGGCUCUGGAAGGGUUCUUUGGCUUGUCUUCACGGGGGAAACCUCUAUGGUAGAUGUGGAGUGUGAGAGCUCCCAGAUUUUGCCAGACAAAGAACUACUGAACUAGAUAGGGUUCCUCUAAGGAGACACAGAGGAGCCUUUUGGAACUAUUUCUUCUGACAGAACAUUUUAGGAAAUACUGCAAAUUCAAUCCUUUUAGAUGGUAGUUUAAUUUCACAUUUGAAUGUUUAGGCUAUGAUGUUGACACAACAUUAGCCUAUUCUGUUGCUGAAUCUGUCGGUAUUUUCUGUGUGCAUAGGCUGCUGUACAACCUGUUUCAUAAACUGAAUAUUUAAAACAUACACCAGAAAUCAUUUCAGACAGAAAGCAGGGUAAUUGAUGGGAAACGUUAGAUAAAAUGGCCAGAAAUUUUCUCUUUCUUUGAUUGUCAAGUAUGAUUUCACGCUUUAGAGUGGCCGUACAGUAUAAAACAAUUGCUUUUUGGGUACUGUAUCAAAGCUGACAGGGGUUAAACUGGGAUUUGGGAGGUGGGGAUCUAUUUUUAAAAAAUAACUUUAAAAAAGUAGAAUUUAAUAAAAUUAAACUUUCUAGGUCUACAAAGCACAUAAAAUGCAUCUCUAAAGCAUCAUGAACAAGUAAGUAACAACGUAUAAAAAAAACAUAUAAAAUCUACUGAUGCUAUUGCAUUAAUAAAUAGCCUACAUGUGUGCCUAUUUCAAGCUCAUGGAGUGAAUGCUGAGAAAUCCUGUUUACCCUCCAAAAGGCCAGCUUCCUCUCUCAUCCUGCUUUCCAUUUUCACUUUGCCAUUGAAUUAAAAGUAAAACGCACUUUGAAACGGAAACUUUCAACCAACAGCCAUGUUGAGGGCAUUUUAUCUGCUCUUAGCAUCAGGCGACACUUCAGGGCUAGGGGGGACCGGGGGCAGAAGUACUGGCGCAACAUAAAGAACGGCAUGGUUCACAGAUUUAUUCCUUCUACUAGCCAAAUAAGAAGUGCUACUGUGUGCCCCAAAAGGAAUUGAACAUUUACUGCCAUUCACUUUUUACGACCAUAAUAUAAUGUGUAACCACCCCCCCAAAGCUUAAUUUUCCCUUUCUUUUGGGGGGUCCUUUGUUUGUUAUGGGUGGGGGCAAGAAAAAAUAAAGAAAGAUUCUGCUUCUGGAAGUUAGUUUAAAUAGAGCUAAUGAAAUGGCCUACCGCUUCUGAGCAGCCCAGUCAAGCAUUGUUCGUUCUGUUUUUCCUGACUCAGCUCAUGCAUGUGCUUGACUUCUGCAUCCUCUAGUCUGGUUGAGCAAGUAAACUGGAUAGUAUAAUAAUAAACAAAUAAACAGACUGGAGCAUAUGAGAAAUUAACUGGAUUUUCAUGAUUUGAGACAAAUUUAAAAACAUUCCAGAUGGUGUUCCAGCCCAACUUAACCCCUGCCUACGGGAGUUCAGAAAGAGACUUUUUUAAUUUUGAAAAAUUUUCAAUAAAAAUCUUUAUAAAAAAUAAAGAGAACUUGUUACUUCUA